UCCUCUCUAACUCUCUCUCUCUCUCUGCAUCGCUACUCUAAUCUCUCCCCUGUAAUAUUCCUCUUCAAGGCAGAGAGAAAAGACGAAAAAAUAUAAAAUUUUCAAAAAAUAAAAAGCUAUGGCAAUGCCACUCCCUCUUUCACUACUUCUCUUGCUUAAUAUUCUACUCGCUUCGACUCUCAUUUCCUCUUCCCCAGUCCCAGACUCUGAAUUGGUAGUACAAGAAGUACAAAAGAGCAUCAAUGAGUCAAUUAAUAGGAGGAACUUGGGGUACCUCUCAUGUGGGACAGGUAACCCCAUUGAUGACUGCUGGCGGUGUGACGCCAAUUGGGAGAAGAACCGGCAGCGCUUGGCAGGGUGCGCGAUCGGGUUCGGUAAGAACGCCGUCGGGGGCAGAGACGGCAAGAUUUACGUGGUGACAGACGCCGGCGACCACCCCGUGAACCCGAAGCCAGGCACACUUAGGUACGGCGUCAUCCAAGAGGAGCCAUUGUGGAUCAUUUUCAAGCGUGACAUGGUGAUCAAGCUCAAGGAAGAGCUGAUGGUCAACUCGUUCAAGACAAUCGACGGCCGAGGCGCGAGCGUUCACAUUGCCGGUGGGCCAUGCAUAACGAUACAAUACGUGACGAAUGUGAUCAUCCAUGGGUUGAACAUACAUGAUUGUAAGCAAGGUGGGAAUGCUUAUGUGAGAGACUCGCCAAGCCACUAUGGUUGGAGGACUUUGUCUGAUGGAGAUGGGGUUUCGAUCUUUGGUGGAAGCCACAUUUGGGUUGAUCACUGUUCGCUCUCUAACUGCCGUGAUGGACUUAUUGAUGCCAUUCACGGUUCCACUGCCAUUACUAUUUCAAACAAUUACAUGACCCACCACAACAAGGUCAUGCUCUUGGGACACAGUGAUAGCUACAAGCAGGACAAGAAUAUGCAGGUCACUAUUGCCUUCAACCAUUUUGGAGAAGGCCUUGUCCAAAGAAUGCCAAGAUGUAGACAUGGGUACUUCCAUGUGGUGAAUAAUGACUACACACAUUGGGAAAUGUACGCAAUUGGUGGAAGUGCAUCUCCUACUAUUAACAGCCAAGGCAAUAGGUUUCUUGCUCCCAAUAACAAAGACAACAAAGAGAUUACUAAGCAUGAGGAUGCAGCACAAAGCGAGUGGAAGAAAUGGAAUUGGAGAUCAUCAGGAGACUUGCUCAUGAACGGAGCCUUCUUCACAGCAUCUGGCGCCGGAGCGUCUUCUAAUUACGCCAAGGCGUCGAGCUUAAGCGCAAGGCCAUCUUCCCUAGUAAGUACAAUCACGUCCGGCGCGGGUUCACUUAAAUGCAGGAAGGGGUCACGUUGCUGAUUUCUGAUAAUCCAUGAAGUAACAAACGUUGUCCAUAGUAUCUUAGUUAAUAAUGGUAAAAGUUUUGAGGGGAGGAGAAUAAGAUGACAAAUGAUCUCAAAUUAAGAAAGAAACUAUUUGGGUAAAAGGAGAAAACCCAAUUUGUAAGUAUAAGGUAAUAGAGUUUGGACCUAUCUUUUCUUGUAUACCAAGAUUUGCAAUUUUAACUAUUUGUGAUGUUUACAAACCUUGGCUAGUUUGUGACCAACCAUGUUGUAAGUUUUUGCUUGGAAACCUGCUUUGUGGGGUUGAAAGAGACAAUAGCCAAAGUGUUGGUAAUGCGUGUCCUUUUUUUUUCCUUUGUUUAUUUUUCGCAUAUGUAACAAUAUCGUUCAUGAAUGGAAUUUAAUGCCACUUGGGUUUUCCCUCA